GAAGGAUCCAGUUUAUGGACGGACCCCCGCCGAUUCUUUUUCGGCCUUUUCCUCACCUGUACUUUGCUAGUUCAUUUGCACCGCGAACGCCGGAACGCACGGAAGGUCGUCGCACGGCACGUACUCCGAAGAAGAAGGGUCGUUCCCUUUCUUCAUUAGUUUCUUCCCUGUUCAUCACCUCACCCACCGAGAAGAAAGAGAAAAACAAAACCCCCCGUCGGUCGACUGUCUUCCGGCGUCAAUCCACAGAUCGCCUUCGCAAGACGCCGUCGCCGCCCUCUCUUCCCACCGCCGCUGCCGCCGACGCUCUCGCCCUUUCUUUCCCUCCUUCUCUCGGAUCUCAUGCAGUGAAGAAAGCCACUGUCGCCGGAAAACCCCAAGGCAGCCCGGGAGGCAAAUAAGCCGGCCUCCUCGUCAAUUUCUCCUCCGAUAGUCACUGUGCAAGCAUCACCCACCGCAUCCGCUUCGCCGCGCCGCCGAUUCGCCCUCGGUCGCCGCCGUGCUUCAGCUUGCUGCCACCGACCGUGGCCGGACCAAGUGAAGGUCGUCGCCGCCCGUUCACUGCCGCACCAGCACCCCGCUCCACCGGCGCAACGCCUCCCCGCAACCACCGCCGCGAAAUCAGGCGCGACCGUCGGAAUCGUCGAGCGCGACCGUCGGAUUCGUCGAAGGUGGAAGAAGAUCCACAGUGCGGGUAAGGUUUCGACCCGUUAACCCGAUAUCCAUUAACCCGAGUUAUUUCAAAAAAAAAUAUAUAUAUAUAUAAAAAAAAAUUUUGCGGGUCGGACUGUCCUAGUGGGUUGGGUCCGUUAACCCGACAACCCGGCAACCCGACUUGAUUCAAAAAAAAAAAAAAAAAAAAGAAAAAAAAAAGAAAAGAAAAGAAGCUGCACGUGACGCGUAAGUCACGCACGUGCUCUUCCCUUUCCCCUUUCUUUAUUCUCCCGAACUUCUUCUUCAUCUCCGAUCACCGCCUCUCGCCGCCUCCGCCUCUCGUCCCACCACCAACGUUCCCGCGGCCUUCCACUGCUCUCUGCGCCACCGCCUUGCCCCACCGCCGCCGCCAUCUCCGCUGCUUGCACCACCGCGCCGCGCGCCGCUCACGCCUCCUCCGUACCGCCGCUUGCCGCUGCUAUUUACUGCCGCACCGCCGCGCCGUCGGGCUGCUCCCACCGCCGCGCCGCCGCGUUGCCGUUGCCGCAGACCGCCGCCGUCGGGUUCUGACAGCCAUCACCGCAGACCGCCCCUGUCGCUUCCCCUGCCAACAGUUGCUCCCAGCCGCUGCUAUUUACUGCUGCACCGCCGCGCCGUCGGGCUGCUCCCACCGCCGCGCCGCCGCGUUGCCGUUGCCGCAGACCGCCACCGUCGGGUUCUGACAGCCAUCGCCGCAGACCGCCACUGUCGCUUCCCCUGCCAACAGUGCUCCCACCUCCACCCCCGUAUCCCGCCCUCCCACCACCGCAACUUUCUGCCUCCCACUGCUGACAGCGCUCCCCGCUCGCUCCCCACCGCCGCUGCCUCGCCUGCUGCUGCACCACAGCGCUGCGCGCCGCCCCUGCCCUUCUUUACUGCCGCUCGCCGCUGCUAAGUCGCCGCCGCGCCGCUGCUACAACUUGCCAUCGCCGGUCACCGCGCCAUCAGCCAUCACGAACUGUCCCGACCAAAGCCGCCAUCAGUUUCUCUGAUCACCUUUCAAGGAGGUCUCAGUGACCCCUUCUCUGCCACCGGUCGUCAUCGAGCUUCUGUUCUACAUCUCUGUAGACCACGUCUCUUCUGCGCGCACGAGUCUCUCUCCAGACCAGGUCAGCGCUGUUCUCCCAUUUCCUGCAGAUUCAAUUUGCUCAAUUAAGUUGGCAUUAAUUUUCUUAAUUUGUGCGUGGUACUGCGUCUACAAAUCCAAAAUACACGCGUUCACACACGUUCACAAGACAAACAGAAACCCUAGUAGCAGCACUUUUAAUAUUAACUGUGGAGCUAGAUCAAUUCGGGGAAACAUACGUGGCUCCGUACCAUCUUGCAUAGUCCGAAAACCUAGUACUACUGGACUGCAUUACUUGUUGGCCUGCGCUUCAUAGUAAUUUACAGUUUGCUAUGACUAUUUGCUAGGGAGUAGUUUUAGUUUAUAUUGAGCAUCUACUUUGCAAUUGUGAAUUCAUUUCAUGCAUUAGGUCUACUUAGGAACCUUUAUAGUUGGUCGGCUACUACAUUUUGUCAUUCAUUUUAUGCAUCUACGUAGUGGUCGUGUCGCAUCUUAUCUUGAGUUUCCCCUAGACAUGGAUUCCAAAAUUGAAGCCCUUUUAAAAGCUAUCCAUGACACUAAUAUUCAAGUCCAAAAUACGAAUGCCCAAGUCCAAGCAAACAACGCCCAAAUUCAUGACCUAACCACAAUGUCCACCCAGGUUAAUGCUCGACUCGAUUCAAUUGAGGCUUCAAUUCAAAGGGUUAUUGAAUCCCAAAAGGUUAGUACUCCCCAUUUACCGGGUCUUGAUGAGGAUGAUACCCUAGAACAAAUCCUAGAACAACAAGGUUCGGUUCGGCAGGGCAACUUUGAUCAUAGGUCUGUUCCAGGUCCCCAUUAUGCCUACCCUCGCCCUAGAGGACCUGGUCCCAUUCCUCCUGUUGAUAGAGUUCACCGACAUACCGUAGACUCUAGAGAGCCUCGUGACCCUGAUGAAGAUGUAAUGCGAGGCAUUAGGGUUGAAGCCCCCACUUUCGAUGGUCGUCUUGAUCCGAAGGUCUUCUCCGAUUGGCUACACGAAAUGGAUCACUUCUUUGAGUGGUACAAUCUGUCGGAGGAGAAAAAGGUCCGAUUCGCUAGAAUGAAACUCCUUGGUCGAGCCAAGUUGUUUUGGCAAAACACCGAACAACUGUUAACCAGGAGACAUCAACCCGCUAUUACCGAUUGGGUAGAGAUGAAAGAAAAAUUAAAAGAAAAAUACCUUCCAUUAAGUUAUCAAUCUGACCUCUUAGAUCGAUGGAACAAUUUAAGACAAGGUAGUCGCACAGCUAAUGAAUACAUCGCCCAAUUUGAUGAAUUUAUGAUGCGUAGUAAUGUAGCUGAAGAUGAACGUAUGAUCUUGAGCCGAUUUCGACGAGGCCUAAAUGACGAGCUUCGGAAAGAACUUGUCCUUCGUGAAGUGUCCACCUUAGACCAAGCCUAUACAUUUGUGCAAAAUUAUGAACAAUUCUCCAAAUCUAUGUUUGCUAGGCGCCCUGACACCAGGCGGGUCCCCACUAGUGCCCAACCAUCUGGACCCAGACCCCCAGUCGGUUCUGUCCCUCCUAAACCCUUUUCUUCUCCACCUAUCCAAAACCGAGAUAAUAAAGGCAAAGGAAUUUUAGGUGAACCUCCAAAACCAAGCUCACGAAUUCAGUGCUUUAAAUGCCAAGGGUUUGGUCACGUUGCCUCCCAAUGUGCAAAUCCGACCCUAGUUAUUGACACACAUGAACAGCAGGAUGACAUAGAUAAUUUGGAGGAACAAAUUUAUGAGCCUAAUUUAGAUGAUAUUCACGAUGUCGAAGACGAAACUGAGGAAGAAUCACACACUUUAGGUUGUAUCCGACCUACUCCCCAGAUAAUUGCCCACGAACCUGACCGAUCCACUGUGAAUGUAGUAAGGUGUGCAAUUACCCAGCCUAAAGAGACUGAUGACUGGAGACGAACCUCAAUUUUCCACACUUACAUUAAAUGCGGCGAAAAAGACUGUAAAGUUAUUAUUGAUAGCGGGAGCUGCAUUAAUGCGAUAUCUUCCAGCAUUGUCGCCCGCUUGGGUCUGACCCCUGUGUCCCAACCUCACUCUUAUAAGGUCUCCUGGAUCGACACGUCGUCCAUUCACAUUAAGGAACGGUGUCUUGUACCUAUUCAAAUCCUCUCUUAUAAAGACACUGUCUGGUGUGACGUACUCCCAAUGGACGUAGGUCAUCUGAUAUUAGGUAGGCCUUGGUUGUUCGAUCUCGAUGUCACCAUCUACGGUCGAACUAACUCUUGCUCCUUUGUAUUCCAGGGUAAAAAGAUUAAGCUUAAUCCUUUACGGCCCAAAACGCUCAAUAAGAGUACAGACAAGAGUAAAUCAAAGGGGAAGGAACUGCAUAUCCUUAACCCCACGGAAUUUGAGAGGAACAUCUUUAAGGACUCUCCGGUGUUUGCCCUGCUAGUUAAAGAACUUCAGCCACAUCUUAAAAGCACAUUAUCGGCUGAAUCCCUCGCUAUUCUCGAGGAGUUCAAAGAAGUUUUUCCGGAAGACCUUCCAGAUCAUUUACCCCCUUUGCGUGAUAUUCAGCACGCCAUUGACCUAGUCCCGGGAGCUACCCUUCCUAACCUGCCCCAUUAUCGGAUGAACCCUUCUGAUCAUGCAGAGCUCCUAAAGCAAAUUAACGAGCUUUUACAAAAGGGAUUUAUUCGAGAGAGUCUAAGUCCUUGUGCCGUACCUGCCCUUCUUACUCCAAAAAAAGAUGGGACUUGGCGAAUGUGUGUAGACAGUCGGGCUAUUAAUAGAAUCACGGUCAAAUACCGUUUUCCUAUUCCCCGGCUCGACGAUAUGCUGGAUAUGAUGGCAGGUGCCUCGAUUUUCUCCAAGAUUGACUUAAAAAGUGGCUACCAUCAAAUCCGGAUUCGUCCGGGAGAUGAAUGGAAGACAGCCUUCAAGACAAAAGAUGGCCUCUAUGAGUGGCUGGUAAUGCCUUUCGGCCUCUCAAACGCUCCAAGUACAUUUAUGCGAGUGAUGACUCAAGUACUCCGACCUUUUAUGGGCAAAUUUUUAGUCGUGUACUUUGAUGAUAUCCUUAUUUAUAGUCACACUAAGGAGCAACAUUUAGGCCAUUUAAGGCAAGUUUGUACGACUUUACGCAACGAGAGCCUCUAUGCUAACCUUAAGAAGUGUUCAUUUUUCACUACUCACGUAAACUUCUUAGGGUAUAUCGUCUCCUCUGAAGGUUUAUCUGCUGAUCCUGCGAAAAUCACCGCAAUUGUUGAAUGGCCUGAACCUAAGAAUAUUACUGACAUCCGUAGUUUUCACGGCCUGGCCACAUUUUACCGUCGUUUCAUUAAGGGCUUCAGUACACUUAUGUCACCUAUCACUGAUUGUCUUAAACGAGGUGAUUUUCAGUGGACACGCGCAGCCGCUAAAGCAUUUAAUGACAUUAAGACAAAAAUGACGGAAGCGCCAGUUAUGCGACUCCCUGAUUUUAACAAAGUUUUUGAGGUGGAAUGUGAUGCAUCUGGCUUAGGAAUAGGUGGUGUGCUUAGUCAAGAACGUCAUCCUAUAGCCUAUUUUAGUGAAAAGCUGAAUGAGGCUAGACAACGAUAUUCCACCUAUGACAAGGAAUUUUAUGCCAUAGUCCAGGCCCUACGGUAUUGGCGACAUUAUCUCCUUCCUAAUGAAUUUGUUCUCUAUUCUGACCAUGAAGCACUUCGUUUUCUUAAUUCCCAGAAAAAACUUAAUCAUCGACAUGCCAAGUGGGUUCAGUUCCUCCAGGAUUACACUUUUGUCCUCAAGCAUAUGUCCGGUGCUGCGAACAAAGCUGCUGAUGCGUUAAGUCGUCGAGUAACUCUGUUGUCCGCCAUGUCUGUUUCCAUCACCGGUUUUGAUAGACUUAAGCUCGAUUACUUGUCUUGUCCAGAUUUUGGCCAACUCUAUAAUGCCCUUGCUGAUGGACAAGGACCUUUGAUUGAUGGUGUUUAUCUACAAGACGGGUACUUGAUCAAAGCUUCCAAGCUCUGCAUUCCGCGCACUUCCGUGCGCGAUUUCUUGAUCUGGGAAGUACAUGCCGGUGGUCUCUCUGGACAUUUUGGCCGUGAUAAGACCAUAGAAGAAGUUGAACGUCAAUUUUUUUGGCCAAGUUUGAAACGGGAUGUUGCUAAAAUUGUGGGACAGUGUCGCACGUGUCAACUGGCUAAGCACAAAAAAUAA